AUGGACAGAUUCUUAAGUCUCAUAGAUUACAACAACAUAUUUACAUUUCUUAAUGUAAAUGAACAAGCACAAAAGCUUGCAAUUAAAGCAAGGGAUGGAACAAUUCCUAAAAUAUCGACCGGAAAAGAAUUACUCAAGAUUUGUUUAGAUUUCAAGUUACGGUCAGAUAAUCAACGUCAUAUAAUUGAUAUUGAUUCGGUAACGGAUGAAAUUUGGAACUCACGUUUAUCGGCUUCACAAAAAUGGCAGUUUAAGAACCUUGCAGAUAAUGUAAAUAAAGCUCGAAAUGCUACUACUAUCGAAUUAAUUGCUCGGAUUAAUACACCGCAAAUUACAAAAACUCCUUUAGAAAAUUCUAUUUUAAACGGUACGAGUUUUCAUGAUGACAAAGGUUUUGAAUUUUUGAUUCACCCUUUUCAGUAA